AGAGAAAAAUGUCUUCAGAUAACCAGUGGUCAGCAGAUGAAGAUGAAGGCCAGUUAUCCCGACUGAUCAGAAAAUCUAGAGACUCCCCAUUUGUCCCUGUAGGGAUAGCAGGCUUUGUGACUGUGGUGUCCUAUGGUCUUUACAAGUUAAAAUACAGAAGAGAUCAGAAAAUGUCCAUUCAUCUUAUUCACAUGAGAGUUGCUGCCCAAGGAUUUGUUGUAGGAGCUGUGACUCUAGGUGUUCUCUACUCUAUGUACAAGGAUUACAUUAGACCUCGAUUCUUCAAUAGGUACAAAAAAUGAAGUUACAAACAAGAAAAAUAAGAAGCCUUCUGAAAAGUACUUACGAAGAAUGAAUUUUCAAUAUAUAGCAAAUUAUACUGCAGAAGUUUCA